UUCUAAUGAGCCAAAGCGCGGACAUUUGAAAAAUAAAUAUGUUUCCAAAAGCAAAAAAUAAAAGGUUUAACGAAGAGUGUGGCUGUGCUCCACCUGUUGGGUAUUAUAAUCCUAAUGAUAAACAUAAAAUCAGAGGAGUUGCUUUGGAAAAAACUGAACGUCCUGUUUGCAUGCUUCCUUGUGAUGGACUUAACCCUGACAUGUCGGUGUCUUCGUCAAGUUCCCACAGUAAUGGUUCAGUGAGAAGCACAAAACUUCAGCCCACGCCUUUCAAGACUCCAUUUCAAAUUAAAAGUUGUAUCUCAAGCACACCAAGGCUAAACAAAUUAGCAAGGGAUCGUUUCUACAGUGAACCCAACGAAGGCUCACAAGUCGAGCAAAAGUUACUUGAAUCAAUCAGUUCCUUGGAAAAGGAGAAGAAUGACUACUUACUAGAGUUGGACAGUUAUAAGACCAAAGUAUUAGAGUUGGAAACAGAACUCAGCAUCAGAGGACGUGAAGUAACUGAGAAAGGCCUGCUGGUUUCUGACUAUCAGGGAAAAUUGGAAGAAACGGAUCAGAAAGUCCAAGAGAUGGAGACAGAAGUGACUGAUCUGAGAAAUGAGUUAAGUGAAAAGGAGUUACUGAUCACAGAUUUUUUAAAACUAAAAGCUACCCUGCUAACAGGAGUAGAAGGGUGUGCUGAAAAGCUGGGCAUAUUAGAAUCUGAUAUUCAAGAACUGAAUGAAUUGGUAACUCAUACUAAUCAUUAUUCGUUUGUUGAAAAUGUUGGUAUUUAUAGCACAAAUGAAUUAGAAAAUUCAACUUCAAAGGUUUUGAACAUUGAACCAUACAAAACUAAGAAGUUUUGGGAAGAAGUGAUCCAGAAGUUAUCAAGUGAAGAAGUUUUAGAGAUAGAAAGAAGUGAAAAGUGCAAAAAUGUUCCAACUAAAGAAGGUUUAGAAGUGCCAGAAAUUCAGAAGUUAAUGAUAAAUCCAGUACAGAAAAUGUUGAGCCUGGAAAAAGGAAUGAGAAAACUUCAUUUGUCUAUUGUGAAAUACUUAGAUCUUAAAAAUUCUGAAGUAUGUGCUGUAAAAGCUGAAAAUUCAAGUUUAAAACAGGAACUGACCGAAGUCACUAACCAGUUGAGCACAUAUCGAUCUUUAAUUGAAGAAAGUAACAAAAGUUCUCAGGAAACAGUGGUAAAAGAUCUUGAAAAUAGAAAAGUUUUAAAUGUUCAGGAAAACUCUGAGCAUGAAAUUAAUCAACUUAAACUGUUGUUGGAUGAGAAAGACACACGUUUAGAAGCUUCCAGAAGUAAACUCUCUGAAUUUGAAUCCAGUGUCAGAACUCUUGAGGCUUUGUUGGAUGAGAAAGACACGUGUUUAGAAGCUUCCAAAAGUAAACUCUCUGAAUUGGAAUCCAGUGUCAGAACUCUUGAGGCUUUGUUGGAUGAGAAAGACACGUGUUUAGUAGCUGCUAAAAGUAAACUCUCUGAAUUAGAAUCCAGUGUCAGAACUCUUGAGGAAUUGUGUAGGAAGUCUGAUGAUGAAAAAUGUCAGAUUAAAAAUUUAAAAACUGAAAGAUGUAUUCUUGAAAGUCAGUUAAAAGAAAUUCAAGAAACUGUGGUUAUCCUUGAGACAACUGCUCAAGAGAAAGAUGAUUAUCUUAAUCAAAAAACUAGCGAAAUGAUAGAGCUGAAAAAAGAAAAGUCUGAUCUGGAGAAACAGCUUGAAGCAGUUGAAACAGAAACAAAACACUUGCAAACUAUGUUAGAGGAAAAUGUUAUUAUGAUUGCAGAAAGAGAUUUAGAAAUUUCUCGUUUGCAAAAUGAAACAAAAUGUUUGACAGAACAGACGAAAAGUACUGAAAACAAAAUGAAUGAUGUUUUAUUGUGUUUGGAAGACAAAGAAAUAAGUAUCAAAAAUUUAAAUGUGGAACUAUUACAGGAGCAAGAAACAAAACUGAGACUGCAGAGACAGUUAGAAUGCGUUAAAGAAGAGCAAAAGAACCAAAAGUAUUUAAUUGAUGGUAAAGAUGAAAGUAUCCAGAACUUAAAUUCCAAAAUUUUGAGUAUAUGUGAUGAAAAAGAGCAACUUAGUAGUCAACUAACAAGUUUAGAAAUUGAAAAAAAUAAUGCUUAUAUAUCUUUACAAGAAAAGGAUUCAUCCAUUUCCCUGUUGAUAAGUGAAAACAAGAUUUUAGAAGGAAAACUUGAGAAGUUAGAAAAAGAAAAUAAGGAACUAGUUAAUUCACUUCAUCAAAACAACAUUUCUGUUUCUGUGGUGGAAUCUGAAAAAAAUUGUUUGCAAGAAAACUUGCAGCAUGCAGAAAAAGAAAUUUGUGAGGUAAAACUUCAAAAUAAAGAAAUUUUAGCUCAGAAAAGUAAUGAAAUAUCAAAACUAGAAACAGAUAAAAUAGCAGUAGAAAAAGCAUUAAAAAUGAUUAACGAACAAUUUCAUAACCUUCAACUAGAACUGGAGAAACUGAAUGACUUGAUAGCAAUAAAAAAUUCAAAGCUGUCUUGUAUAGAAACUGAAAAAUCAAACCUUCAGAGUCAGCUAACUUGUUAUGAAGAGAAGUUUAAGAGCCAAGACAAUAUAUUAAAUGAAAAAGAAGAAAACCUUUCAGCAAAAAAUGCUGAAAUUGAGACACUCAACAACAAGCUAGAAAUUCUUGUACAAGAAACAGAAUCUUGUAAACUAGAAAAUCGGAGAACUAUAGAAGAACUAGAUAGGCUACAAGAAAAGACAAAAAUAUCUGACAGAUUAAUUCAGGAGCUCACUGAGCAGAAAAAUAAUGCAGAAGAUCAAAUAACAAAGCUGUCCAAUGAAGUUAAUCGUUUCCAAGAAAGGAUAGUUGAGCUUAUCUUUGAGAAUGAAGCAGAACAAGCUAAAGCAGAUCAAAGGUUCGUCCAUAUAGUUACUGGUUCAAGUCAGGGUUCAAGUCAGAACUAUAUGGACCUGCAGAAAGUACUGGUUCAAGUCAGAGCUAUAUGGACCUGCAGAAAGUACUGGUUCAAGUCAGAACUAUAUGGACUUACAGAAAGUACUGGUUCAAGUCAGAGCUAUAUGGACCUGCAGAAAGUAGCUAUAUGGACUUGUAGAGAGUAUUGGUUCAAGUCAGAGCUAUAUGGACCUGCAGAAAGUACUGGUUCAAGUCAGAGCUAUAUGGACCUGCAGAAA